GACUCUAAACUGCCAGCGGUAAAGAAAACAUAAACCAAAGAAAACCGUGCAGUAAAUGAGUGCAUAAUCUUCCAUGACUGAAGAUACAAAGUUCAGUCUGCAGCUGUGAACACCAAAAACAAGUGCGAAAGCUUGCAGGAUUCGUCGAAAGUCUCGAUGGCUCAAUAUUCUCUUGUUUCCGGCUCCGUGGGCUUGAUUACUCUGAAGAAUCCGCCUGUGAAUGCACUUGGGUGAGUUAAAAAGAGAGACACUGUACAAACACUGUACAGCUGUUGCAUGACAAGAAGGUCCCAUUAUUAUUACAGUUAUUUACAUUUUUCUGUCUUGCAUGAAGACAGUAUGCUUCAAUCUCAAAUAAAAGAAAUGUUUUGUGACUUCUUUCAUCUAAACUGUUAGUUUGACUGACUCAGUGGUUCACAGGUCACUGUCAGGUCAGUUAACAUUUAACUAUAUCAUGAUUUUAAUGCUGAUAAGGGUCUGUCUCCACGGAAACCAAAGUCUUGAUAAGUACACUAUACUUUGACCAACACCUUAUACGGGCAGAUGUGUCCUUGCUUUAGGACAAGUACUUAUGUGACCUGACUUGCGUCCUUAUUCAGUUAUGCAUAGAUCCUCAUAUGCAAUCCAGCAAUACUUUGUAUUUCUUACAAUUGACAAUUGAAGUUUAAUGCAUUUCAGUUUAGAGAGUAAGAAAUAGGCACUUUCUUGACCCGUAGUCAAGUAAAGUUACAGCUUACACAGAAAUAAGAAAAAAAGGGAGGAAAUGUGAUUGUUUUGAUACACUGACAGAGCCCGCCAUGCUGUAAAAUAUGAGGGUUUUGAAACUUGAAGUACAUUUUCUUAUUAUAGCUCAUUUUCAGUGCUGCAGAAGUUUGUGUUUAAAAGCAACAAUGAGGAUUAGAGAGUAACCACAGGGUAAUAAUUAAUCUUGAUCACACCAUAUCCCAGGAGUUACCAAGAAAAUAUACCAUAAAACAAUUCAGGGUAAGCUUACAUAAUAAAUGAUUUUGUUUGUGAGGGCUGGUGUUGCAGAAAGGUCUGCACUUAAACUUAAAUGAAAAAUGAGGAAUGAAUAACAAGGAUAGAUUUCCACUUAAAUUGUUUAUCCAGUGUAAUUUUUUUCACAGUGCUGUGGUGAGGCAUGGCAUCGUGGACUCGGUGGAGAAAGCGCUAAGUGACCCAAAGGUGAAGUCUGUGGUCAUAUGUGGCCAGAAUGGGAUGUUCUGUGGGGGUGAGGAUUUUUGUGUUUAUCUUUUUUAUUCUCUGUUCUGCAGGCACCUCAGAUCUGUCAUUGUUAAGCUUUCAUCAGUGUGCCACUGUGCCCUUGUGAAAAAUAACCUUUUAAGAGCAAAAUGGCAGCAUUUGGACCAGCAUUAAACACUGUUUCCCUGCUGUUUCUCUGUAAGGCUUUUUUGUCACUUCUUUAUGUCCCUCAGCUCCUCAACAAGAGAGUUUGGCAGUGGAUUCAGAAAUGAAAUUACUGUGUGAAGUAGGAAAAGACAUUAAUGCUAUGCCAGGUUUAAAAGAGAGAUCACUGGAUUAAACUUCAGUAUGUGUAUGAAAUCGGUCAACAUACUUUGGAGUAUCCUUCCCCUCAAUGUGUAGUUUUCUGUUUUUAAUAUUUGAAACUCAUAGCAACAUCAUCAGAUGGAUUUUUAUUACAGGGGCGGACAUCAAGGAGUUUGGGACAGACAUGAAAGGGCCUCCUCUGAUACCAAUGUUCCACAGCCUUGAGGCAGCUAACAAGCCGGUGGUGGCCGCCAUUGAGGGAGGUGCUUUUGGCGGAGGCCUGGAGUUGGCGCUUGGCUGUCAUUAUCGAAUUGCACAUUCAAAAGUUAGUUCAUACUUCAGAUUUCUGUCUGUCUGCCAAAAAGAAGUAGUGUAUGAGUGUCAGACUCUCAGUUUUAAAUUCUAAAAAGGGAAAGAAGAAUAUAUUUAUAUUUUAAUUAACAAAUGAAGACUCAUGCAGUGUGACUUUAUUUUUGUUCUGCCAAGCCAUCGUUAAUGACAUGCAUUCGACUCAGUUCAGCCCCUUUUGUUCUUGUGACUUUGUGUCCUUACAGGCUAAAGUGGGGCUGCCAGAGGUGACUCUUGGUCUGCUGCCAGCUGCAGCAGGAAGUCAACGUCUGCCAAGGCUCAUUGGUGUCCCAGCUGCCUUAAACCUCAUCACCACAGGUCACAAAAACACCCCAACUUUGCAUGGUUACCGCAGAAACAAAACACUUUGAAGUACCAAAACCAGAUACAGAGAGCCAUCCUCAUACUGUAUCACAAAAUAUACUGACCUUUGUUUUCCACCAGGGCUCUGUGCUUUUUACUGCCUUUUGUAAGCUCUAGACUGUUGCUUUAAAUAACUCAACAUGUAGAUGUCUUUGCAUAUCAUAGGAAUAAAAAUCAAUUUUGUAGACUGCCGUUGCAGACAUGUAUCUUGUCAAAAAUCAUGAUGAACCUUUGCCACCCUGAGGUGUACUAAAUAGUGGCCAAAAUAAUAAUAAUUGCCAAAAGAAUGUAUAUCAUGUAGGUGAAAAUUGCAGGAAAAUGCGUAUUUUUGUGAUUUAAAGAGCUCUAGUGACUUCCAUGUUGGGUGGGGGUGGUUAACUUCAUGAGCUGCCAAACAAUAUUUAGCUAGGCACCUGGAAAGGUUAUCAUACAAAAAUAUUGCGGUGCUAUUGAUUAUUAAACCCUAACUGCUGCUGCUGCUGUAUAGAGAUUUGUAGUGAGUACUGAUGACCAGCAGGGGUCACUGUGUGCUUAGUUUAAUCAUACUGCCAGAACAGGCCUGUUUUUAUUCUCAGUUUAUUGGAACAUUUCUGGUCUAGGAAAACUUUAAUACUUGAUCUUUUUCUCUCACUCAUAGUUUGAUUGCUUUAUUUAAUAUGAUUAGGUAGUUCUGUUUUAUAUGUCUAUAAAAGAAGAUCAUUUGGACAGCCGGUCAUCCCUCACCUGACAAUUUAAAAUGUCACUCUUCAUCCAAAUACAGCUCUGAUGCCUUGUAUAUCUCUCUUUAUUUCAGGUCGUCAUAUUACUGCUGCAGAAGCACUGCAGCUUGGAUUAGUGGAUCAGGUUGCUGAUCACAACACUGUGGACACAGCUGUGAAGUUUGCCCAGAGUGUUGUAGGUGAGACCAAAACUGCUAACACAAGGUACCCACUGGUGUAAAAUACCACUCACACUUCACUGGCUUGAAUUAACACCAUGAAAGAAAGAGAGGUCCUCCCAGAGCAGUUAUUCUAGACAAGUCGGACUUGAAAAAACGCAGACAUGUAGGUUGUGGAAGUCAAAGGAAGCAGAAAACACGGCAGGCAGAUCCUCCUGCACAGAAGCCAUGAAUGUUUCAUGGCUUCUGUCAGAUGUGCUCUGAUGUCUUCACUGCGAUCGCUGUAUUAUUCAAGAGGGCGAAAAGGGACAAACUUUCCUAGAAUAUUAAUCUUGCACUCUUGCCCAUCGUUUGGCCGGAUGAGGAUUUCCCCUUGCACGUGAAUCCGGCUCAUUUAGUCACUGAAUGGAGAGUCAAAGUGUGCCAUGUCCCUGCAGAAGGCCAAUUUCUCAGUCAGUGUGAAGAAUAACCCAUUCACAUUCCGCUGUCUGUCGGGCUGAAAUGACACUUUUCUGACAUGCUUGGAUUUUUCCAGCCGUCAAAAAAUGAAAGUAUGUCAGAGAAAAAGACUUGAUCUUAUGCAGGUGGCAUUUUCUUCUGUCUAAAACACCUCAGAGCAGCUUAUUUAUGUAUGUUGUAUAUCAAUUUUAGUGAAAUUUGUCGACACUCAGAAGAGGCCACUCUUUCCCUCUUGUGGAGAAAUUCAGUUUUCAUGCCAGAAACCAGCAGAUGAUUAACCUAGCUUGGCUUGAUGCAGCAUAAAGACAGAAUACAGUAGAAAAUGGCUUGACGGGCUCUUUCACAACUCUUCGACCAAUAAGUCUCCAUACAAAAGGUCUUUUUAUUCCUAGAAAAGAAACAGAAAAAUGAAUUUGGGUUUGCUGGGAUUUUAUGUGCUUGACUUCUCUAAGGCACACGGACCUCAGUUAGCCUUUUCUCUAUGCCAUGAUUAGCUGCCCUCUGACUUUAGUUUCUAUUUUAACAUAUACAGGUGUAACCCGACAAUGAGAAUACUGUAGAAAAGUUCAAUAUCUCUUUGUACAGUUCACUUCAUUCAACCCUAAUCAUGGGAAGGACUUGACAGAAAAUGAGGGUCAGCCACAGAAAAGGCAGGCAGUUCACAGAGUGCUGUAUCAAACCAUAACAUGGCAUCAAGCAUAAGUUAACAAGAAGUGUGGCGGAGAAAGAUGCAAGAAAGAGGGACUGCUGCAGCCUUGAGAGGAUUGUCAAGAACAUUUGCUUCAAGCACUUGAGAGAGCUUCACGAGGAGUGGACUUAAGCUGGUGUUAGUGCAUCAGGAACCAGCACACACUGAGAUGUUCAGAGAGAGACUACAACUGUGUGUUUGCCAAUGUCAAGGCACACCUGAACCAGAGAUGCCAAAGAAGUCUUAUACCUGGGCCAGGAAGAAAAACACUAGACUGUGGCUCAGUGAUCCAAAGUCUUCUUUACAAAUGAAAGUGAGUUUAAGAUUUCAUUUAGAAGUCAAGGUCCAGAGCCUCCUGGAGUUUGGCACAAAAGUGAAGAGGCACAAAACAGAGGGAUUUUUGAAGCUUUGUAUGAAAUUUCCACACUCAGUGAGGAUUUUUGGUGCCAUGCUGUCCGCUGGUGUCAGCCCAUCGUGUUUUAUCACAACCUACGUUAACCAGGAGAUUUUAGAGCCCCUCAUGCUCCCAACUGCUGCCAACCUUUAAGGAGAUGCCAAUUUUCUUUGACAGCAGGACUUAGCACUUAUCUGCAGUGCCAAAACUACUACCAAAUGGUUUGCCGACCAUUAUAUUGCUGAGCUUGAUUGCCCAGCCAACUGGCCUCAUCUGAACCCCAUCGAGAAAAGGGAUUGUCAACAUGAAGAGGAGAAACACCAGAAACAGAAAUACAGACCAGCUGGAGGCCACUAUCUUAGCAACCUGAGCUUCAAAAGCAACUAAGCCAUGCUACAGGCUUAUCACCCCAUGAAUGUGCUAACUCAUUCAAGGAGCCCCAGUGUCUAUUUUAUUGAGCUGGAUCCCCAUUAGCUACUACAGAAGCAGCGACUCCUCCUCCUGGGGUCCAUUCAUGCAAACAUAAAAUUACAAUUCACACAGAUUACAGUAUUAAGAGUCAAAGGCAAGAUUUGAGUAAUACGUGAGUAAUACAAACAUGAGUAAUACUGAUAACACACAAAAAUCAAAGUCAGGACCACAAUGAAUAUUUGACUUUAGAUGAUAAGAAUAUAGAGUAGAGCUGAAAGUUGGACUUUUUGGUAUGAAUUAUGAAUUUAAAUUCACUUUCUCACCAAAUUCAAAAUGUUUGAGCCUCACCUGUAGAUAUGAGCUAAGUGUCAAACUCCUUUUCUUACUUCUUCUACAAAAAUUUAACAACCAGAUUUAUAGGGAGUACCUGAGGGGGAGGUUCUAUUUAUUUAGCCUUUUUAAGCACAGUGCUGUUGGUAUGAUAAUCUUUGAUGUCAGUGCGUGAAAUGAACAUGACAAGUCAUAUGCCUCAAGGUUAUUUUUUCUGCAAAUAUACCUGACAGAGCCAGCCUGUCUCUACUACAUUAAAGGGAUAUUCCGGCGUAAAAUUAAGAUUGGGUCAAACACACCACAGCACCAAGUUAAACACCCCGUCGAGAGAUGAAUGUUCCCCGACUGCUUGCUUCUCUAGUUAUACCAACUUUAGUAACGACCGCAGGAUAGCAAUACACAGCGGUCUCAGGAGCCACACGCUCAACCAAAAUGCCACUCUAUAGCCACAAAUAAUGCUCAGAACAGCACCUAACUUCAUCAACAGUACAUAUAGGGUGCCAGCUAUAGUACUAGCCAUCAAACAUAUUUUUAGCUUUGUCUAAUUUCUUUAGCAAAGAGACUAAACACAACUCACCUACUCUCUUCCAGCAGCCACUUGUUUGUACAGAGACCUCGGGCGAGUCCAAACUGACUGCCACGGGGUGACGCAGCUCAAGGAAGAACAUCUAUGAUCAUCUCUUCACAGAAAUGCAAUUAGACCGAGACGCUAAGGCAGAAGAACUACCACGUCUGCAGUGCAAAAUGAUUAAUAUGAUGAUUAUUACUUCAAGGAAAUGAUAAAGUAAUGAUCAAUUUAAUUUUACGCCGGAAUAUCCCUUUAAGGUAGAUACUGUAAGAAACCUUCCUAGUUUGCACCCGGUAUUGUGCCCAAGGUAAGAAAUCAGGUUUAAUCUGAACAUAAUGUCAACAGUCAGUUUCCAGGGCUGCAUGUAGAGCUCAGUUUUACUAUCAAAAGAUGAGUGCUGUCUUUGGCUUUUUACAAAUGCUUUUUUUUUCCACACGUCUCUGCCAAGAUGACUUUGAGUGGGUGAGAAAGUGAGUGUUGUUCGUAAAGCUGAGUCUUACAGUGAGUCAGACAGAGAAGCCGACAGCACACAAGAUGGGAGAUUGGAGGAGAUAGGAGUGAAAUCUGUGGAGGUUUUGUCAAGUACUCGAGUCUCAAGCUGAUUAGCAGGGGAUGAGGAACAUGCAUCUAAAUUUACAAACCUAGUGAGAAUGUUUGCCACGCUGAGCUGCGAGGCUGGCUAGUCAAUUCUUCUGACCUGUCUAAAAAUGCAAAGCUAUAAAAUACUGCAAGAACUUCCAGCUCAUGAAAUGGUAUGUAUUCUUGCUGCACAUGUGAGCUCAUGCAAUAACACAGCCCCGCACAUACAGUACAUGGAUUGAAGCCUCUGCUGGUGACGAGAUUAACUUUUUUACCCCAGUAGUUGCAACAUCUGCCCGCUACAUCUGUCAGAGGACAACCAGGCUUUCCACUCGCUGCACAACAAAUCCAUCGACACAGCUCAACCAUUUACAGAUUAACUGCUGCAAUAAUGCUCGGCUAAAGUACAUUGAAAUCACAUUGCAGCGCCACACGGCGCCUCAUUAACAUUUGAGGGAGGACGGAGAGUACAUUUAAGUGACCUGAAAUGAACCUCACCAUUUAGUCUUCAUCUGUGGUGUGCAUUGACACCACCUUGAUUAAUGGUAUUUGACAGAGCUGUUGGUUAAUGGACUCCAUGAAGAUCACAGAUCAAAUGUGGCUGCUGUCCCUUUAAGCUUUGCCAUGCUGACCCAGUUUCUGGCCCAAACCCAUGGCUGAGUGUAAUUCAGUGGAGCUGUGAAGGAUUCAGACUACUCUUUCAUGUAAUCAUGUCAGAUGAGACAGGAAUGGGAAUUAAGAUGCUUUCAGUGGUGCUGCUAACAAGGUUUUAGCAAAGUGGCCGGCUUCUUCACCCCACUGUUUCCGGGAUUAGGGUGAAGAACACUGUCAAGUUUUAAGUCCAGUAAUAAAUCUUGUCUCAAAGUUUCAACUGAAAAAAACUCCUCUGCUAUUGUAGCGUCGCUCAGAGGCCUUGGAGUCAUAAAAAUUCAUUUCCAUUUGCUCCCAGAGUUGGAAAUGCACCAACUAUUCUUCCCCAGACCAAAUUGUUGCUUUUUUUCUGCUUCAGAUCAGUGUUAUUCAAGGUGAACUGUAACUGUAGUGCGCUGGCAGAGUCACUCCAAUUAUCUUGGAAAUGGUCUGUCAAAUCACUCUGCUCUUAAAAUCCACUGAUCGAGUGGCCAAUUAUACACAGACUGAGUGCUGGCUGACAAAUUGGAGAAAGUGGAAAAAGGGUGCACUAACGGCAUCUAAGAGACACUUUUUAGUUUAGAAAAUAACAUUAUGCAGGCCUGAAUGUACAGAAAUGUCACUCCAGAGUCAGUGUUUAAUUUUCCUUUACCUUUAAACUUGCAGCAAAAGCCAAAGAGAUUAAUUUGAAACCUUUAUUCUCCUAAUAACAUAUUCUAUGUUUUCCUGCCAGGUAAGUCUCUGGAUUCUCGACGAAUAAGCAAUUUCCAGUGUCCUCCUGUGCCGAAUGUGGAUGUUCUGUUUGAAGAAGUGAUGCAGAAAAUACGGCAGACUUCACGUGGAGCCAUAGCACCCAUUGCAUGUGUACAGGCGGUGCGGGCAGCCGCCACCCUGCCGUAUAAAGAUGGUUUGCAGAAAGAGAAAGAGCUCAUGGCCACCCUUUUCACCUCUGGCCAGGCCCGCUCCCUGCAGUACUGCUUCUUUGCUCAGAGGGUUGUGAGCAGGUGGAGCAUGCCCAACGGAGCCAGCUGGGACACAAGCAAAGGCAGGCCUAUACAUAAAGCAGCUGUCAUUGGUAAGAGCUCUGAUGCUUUCAUUUAUAUUUGUCUUUCAAUAAUAGAAGAUGCAUUGGCUCACUCAGGCUACCCAUGUGUCAUCGACAAACAAACAUGGCCUGUGGAAACGAGGCCUUCAUUUAUGGUUUAGCUGAGCGUAAAUGCAUGAACUUGCUCUCUCCUGCAGGGAGGGCUGGAUUAAUGACAGUUUGGAUAUGUGAAGCUCAGCAGCCUGCCCAUUAAAAUUGCAAGCUUUGGAAAACUUUCUGCUGCCAGGCUAAAACUAUGUAGAGUCUAGCAUUGUGUGCAAAAAAAAGGGGUUUUUCUAUGAUUUAUUUUAAUGUACUGUAAGUUUCUUUGGACAGUAUUUGUGUGAUUGUGGAUUCUGAGCGGAUUUUUUCUGUAUCUAAGGUCUUGGGACUAUGGGAAGAGGCAUAGCAGUGGCCCUGGCUCAAACGGGGUUUUCAGUGGUCGCUGUGGAGACCCAGGAGAAACAGUUCAUGGAUGCAAAGAAGGCAGUGGCUGGCAUGUUGGAGCGAGGGGCAAAGAGAAGCGGCAAGGUCGCUGCACAUGAUAAAAUCAUAUACAGCCAGAACCUCCAGGCCAUCGCAGAUGUUGACCUGGUCAUUGAGGCUGUGUUCGAGGACAUGGCUCUGAAGAAGAGAGUCUUCCGGCAGCUGUCAGAUGUUUGUAAACCGGGUACUUUCCUGUGCACCAACACCUCCACCCUUGAUAUCGACCAGAUGGCCGCAGAAACCCGGCAACCUGAACUGGUGGUGGGGAUGCACUUCUUUGCUCCAGCUCAUGUCAUGAAGCUCCUGGAGGUGGUCUACGGGCCACGCUCCUCUCCUGAAGCUGUUGCUGUUGCUAUGCAACUUGGGAAGAAAAUGGGCAAAGUCAGUGUAGCUGUUGGCAACUGCAGGGGGUUCGUGGGGAACCGCAUGCUCAAACCGUACCGUGACCAAGCGUACUUCCUGUUGGAGGAGGGAGCUACACCUGAGUUGAUAGAUCAAGCACUGGAGGAGUUUGGUUUCGCGAUGGGUGCAUUCAAAGUGUAUGACCUCUCUGGGCUUGAUGUGGGCUGGAAAGUCAGGAAGGAAGAGGGGUUGGUGUUGCCUGGAGGGGGUUCAGGGAAAUCAGCCAGAAUAAGACAAGGCGUCAGGUACAGUCCUCUCGGAGACCUCAUGUGUGAGGAGGGCAGGUUUGGCCAGAAGACAGGCCGGGGGUGGUACCAGUACGACAAACCUGGCAGUCGGGAUGCAAAGCCUGACCCAUGGGUGCACCGAUUCCUGGAGGAUUACAGAGCCCGCCACGGUUUGGUGGCACGCCGCAUUUCCAACCAGGAGGUACUGGAGCGCUGCCUCUAUGCCAUGAUCAACGAGGGCUUCCGCAUCCUGGAGGACGGGAUAGCCGCAGGACCUGAAGACAUCGAUAUCAUCUAUGUGUUUGGUUAUGGUUGGCCCCGACACCGCGGAGGGCCCAUGUUCUACGCCAACAUGGUGGGGCUGCCGAUAGUCCUUGAGAGGCUGGAGCACUUCGCUCAGGCUAACCCUGAUGUGCCCACCCUGCAGCCUUGCAACCUGCUGAGGAAACUUGUGGCCAGUGGCAGCCCACCCAUCAGCAAGUGGAGAGAAGCCAUGAAGAAUGUCCACAGCCAGCUUUAAACGUUUACACCCACAGUCAGCUUAAAACUAACGCCUCUCAGCUUUAAUCUCUGUGCUCCUGAUGAUCUUUCACUCUGAUAAACACUACAUGGACUGCUCUUAAUUUGCACUUUUGAAACAAUAGCAUUUUGAUUUCUUUUUCUCUAAUAUAAGCUGAUUACAGAUGAUACUUCAGGAGUUUAUUGUGCUUUUCAUGAUUACCAAUCAAGCCAUCUCUGGCUGUGAGCCUACACUGAGUUUCCAGAGUAUUAUUAUGUAUGAAAUACAAUGUCAUUUACAGCACCAAAAUAAAACCUGCAAUUAAAUCUAACAACUGCAGUGCUAAGAGAAAAUUUGUUGACUCUGUAUCAGAGAUGUUGAUUAAACUUGUGAUUUACUGAAUGUAUAAAUGUGUUUAAUAUGUAGUAUAACACAAGUAUGAAAAUAAAAAACUACUCUAGGAGGUGAAAUGAAACUCUUUUGUGCCUUUAUGUUGACAAAAGUGAACUUGGUAUGUACUUGCAUUGCAAAAAGUUAUUGUUUUUAAUGUUUGUACUGCAGAGUUUGUUGUAAAAUUGCUUUAAAUCACACAUUUAUCAUGUAAGUCCUCAAUAAAGACAUUUACAAUCAGUCA